AUGGCAACAUUCAAUGAUCCGUUAGGCCAAGUACAAGAUGUAAAACGGUGUCAGCUUUGUCCUGGAAAAGACAGAAAAUCUGCUGCUGAAACUUGUUGCAAUUCCUGUCAAGUUAACCUAUGUAAAAUCUGUGUAGGAAACCAUGUUAUAUCUGAUCCUGACAUGAAACACGAUGUUGUCACUUUCAAAUUUAAAAAAUCUGAAGUCAUACCACCCCAGUGUAGCUUCCAUGACGAAGAAAAAUGUGACAAAUUUUGUGAACAGUGCGAUUCUCCAUUCUGUCUGAAAUGCCUCAACUCUGGAGCACAUAAAAGUCACAAUGUCCAGUCAAUUUCUGAAAUAUACAAGUCCAGACAGGACAAAAUUACAAAAGACAAUCUAGAACUUGAAACUGAAAUCGCACCGGUGUAUGAUGCAAUUUUAUCUGAAAUAGAAACAAUGACAUCAAAUGUCCUCCAACAACAUGAAGAUAGAACUCAAUCAAUAAAAAAUCUUGGUGAAAAAUGUCAUAGGCUUGUAGAAAAUGUCAUCAGAAGAUAUGCGAAUGUUUUGAAAGAAAGAUACAGUCAAGAUAAUAAAAACUUGUUGACGUUAAAAAGCGAGUUCCAGAGGCUACAAUCCUUAAUACAGUCAGCUAUAGACGAAAACAAAUCCAUUCUAUUUUCCAUGGAUUCAUCCAAACUUAUCCAUUAUAUUUCCAGAAAUGAAGACUUUAUCAAUAUACCACCAACGUUUGAACUAACAGUUCCAAAUUUUACCCCAGUUGAGAUUACAGAACAAGUACUGUUUAAAAUGAUUGGUGAAAUUCCAGAGACAAUUAAAUCUAACAUUCAAGGAGAAGUAAUUAGAGUUGUUCAACCCAUAGUACAAGUACAUUCCAGAAAACCAGACAAGAAUUUCAUUGACGAACCUCAAGUAAUAAGAACCAUAACCCUUGGUAAUGGUAAAAAUUACAGAAUAGAGUGUAUUCCAAACACAAACGAAUUUUUUAUCUUUUGUGAAAGCCAAGCCAUCUAUCAUAUGAACAUAGAGGGUAAAAUAUUGGAUUCUAUCUAUUCUGGGCCCAGAAAAAUGCCAUUAGACUUGGCAGUAACAAAAGAAAAAUAUUUAGUAUAUAUCAAUAGCUGGAUUCAAUGUAUAAUAUUAAGAAAGAGCAACAAAGAACAGAGUUUAAUUUCACUUCAUAAUUGGAAUCCAUUAGCGAUUUGCUUUACCUCCACAGGUGAAUUACUGGUUGCUAUGAGAUCGGCAUAUCCAUAUAAUGACCACGGGCAUUGUAAAGUAGUCCGUUACAGUGGCUCUUCAGCCGUGCAAGAAAUACAAUACGUUAACGGAGACGAAUUUUUAUAUGGUAGUCCAAGGUUUAUCGAAGAAAACAAAAACUUUGAUAUAGUGGUGAGUGAUUCCGUUCCAGACCAGGUGGUCGUAGUGGAUAAGAUGGGCAAGUUAAGAUUUAAAUACAAAGGAAAUUUUCCAUCAAAAUCGAAAUUCACGCCGUGUGGUAUAACCACAGAUAGCUUGUGUCACAUUUUGAUUGCUGACCUAAGUGAACAUGUUAUACAUAUCAUCGAUCGGAACGGAUACUUUCUCCUGUAUAUUUCAAACUGUCAAUUACAAGAACCAUAUGACCUUAGUAUAGAUAGCAAUGAUAAUUUGUUUGUUGCUGAGCUCGGGACUGGAAAGGUUAAGAAAAUAAAGCUGUUUGAAUAA